CUACAGGGCUCUGACAGAGAGCUGAACACUACACAGAGGACCCAGGAGAAGGGCAACGAGAAGGCUCCAGUGUCCUGACAGGAUGUCACGGUGGGUUGGGACAGAGAGAUAACAACCACCAAGCGAGAAGAUGGACUUGGAAGAUGAACUCAGGAUAGAAGUGAAGCCUUGACUGACCUCACCCGGCGGCUUACACAAUUCGGGAUAUUCAGGGAGCUGAGUUACUGGGAGUAAACCAGCCCAACCAGACGAGUGUGCCGUCUGGACACCUGUGACCAAGGCUCUGUAGUCCUCAUGUAACCCUGUGGUUUGAGCGUCUGCCCGACUGAAAACAAUCAUGGCCAGCAUGGCGGUUCAGCUCCUCGGCUUCUUCUUGGGCCUGCUGGGGUUUGUGGGAACCGUGGCUGCGACUCUGCUUCCCCACUGGCGCAGCACUGCCUAUGUGGGCCCCAACAUCAUCACAGCCACCGCCUACAUGAAAGGCCUGUGGAUGGAGUGUGUGUGGCACAGCACUGGCAUUUAUCAAUGUGAGGUGUAUAGAUCUCUGCUGGCACUGCCACAGGACCUGCAGGCUGCCCGGGCCCUCAUGGUGCUCUCCUGCAUCACCUCAGUCCUGGCAUGCCUGGUGUCUGCGAUGGGGAUGAAGUGUACCCGCUUCGCACGUGGCUCCCUGAUUAAGUCUCCGCUGGCCAUGAGCGGAGGCAUAUGCUUCCUCUGUGCAGGUGUCCUCUGUCUAGUCACUGUAUGCUGGACCACCAAUGAUAUCAUAAUGGACUUCUACGACCCCUUCCUCCCCAGCGGGCUGAAGUAUGAGAUCGGCCUGGCCGUGUACCUCGGAUACGCCUCGGCCUGCCUCAGUCUGAGUGGAGGGCUGGUGCUGUGCUGGAGCAGCUGUGGUGACAGGUCACGGAGUCCACCUCGUAUUCAGAGGAGUCAACCAUCAUCGCCUCCUCCUGCCUUCAACCACAUAUACCCCCCUGCUCCACCAUACAAGCCCCCUGAGGCCUUGAAGGACAAUCGUACUCCGUCAAUUAGCUCCCUUUCCAGCAAUGGAUACAGGCUCAAUAACUAUGUUUGAGGCAGGAGGAUAUACGAGCACAGCCACUGUGGGCAUGGGAGCUGUGUCCAGUCUACAACUUGUUUUUUAUUCUUUUAAGUUGUUGUAAAUCUUUUUCUCCUACCUACCCAUAAAAAAGGGGAUAUGGAAAUGGACCUGUCCCUCACUUUUUAUAUUUGACCAAUAAGGAAAACUUGACUAACAAACUUUGCUGUGACCUGGUUUUUAAGUUACGCAAGUGUUGAAGAGAACUGAUGACCUAAAACCUGUUGGCCAGCUGUCACACACCCAAAAGACCAGAAGGUGGCAGCAUAGUCCUGCAACUAGUCACAAAGAUGGACUGUGUCAAUUCCCAUAUUCUAACUUUAACACCCAUGAUAAUAGUUUACCAGUUGUUAUGUCUUCUCCUUAUUUAAGCCCAUUUUUUUGUUUGGGUUAACUCUUUGUAAUAGUGAAUGCUGUACAUCAGUAUUUAUAAAACAAACACAUUGUAUUUAA